GUCGCUUUUGUAUGACGUAGUUCUGUGAGCGCGACAGAGAGGCGCAAACGCAGCGAAAAUUACAAGACACUUCUGUAACAAUAUCUAAAAUUUGGAAGAACAUGGGUAGAGAGUCAAGGCAUUACAGGAAGCGUUCGGCAUCAAGAGGUCGGUCGGGAAGCCGAUCGAACAGCCGCUCUCCCGACAAACGCUCAAAGAAAGAUGAGCGAGCUGGUUCCAGAAACCGAGACCGCAACAGGAGAGAGAGAUCUCGCAGCAGAGACCGCCGUAGGUCACGGUCUAGAGAUAGGAAACGCCCUCGCCGAUCCAGGAGUCGGGAGAGACGUAGAUCAAGGAGCAGGGAUCGGAGGAGGUCCAGGAGUAGGAGCAGGAGUCGAGGACGGCGGUCACGAACUCCAAGUCCUAGCAAAAGCAGAAAAACUGAAGACAGCAAAGAAAAAUCAAGCAAUGGAGAUCCAGCAAACGAAAAGAAAAAAGUAAAGGAAGAAAAAGAGGAAGAAAAAGUCGAAGAUCAAGACUUUGAUCACAACACACUGGAGGAAGAAAUGAGGAAAAGAAAAGAACGUGUUGAGAAAUGGCGUGAGGAGCAGAGGAAGAAAGCCAUCGAGAAUAUUGGGGAGAUCAAGAAGGAACUCGAGGAGAUGAAGCAGGGGAAGAAGUGGAGUCUGGAGGAUGAUGAUGAUGAUGAUGAAGAGGCCCCAGCACCUCUGGAGCAGGAGGAGGAGGAGGAAGAGGAGAAGCCAGAAGAGAAAGAGGAGGAAGAGGAGAAGACCACUGACAUGGAAGAGGAGCCUGGCGAGGAAAUCGACUCCCUCGACGCCUACAUGGAGGAGGUGAAGGAAGAAGUAAAGAAGUUCAACAUGGGCACCAUGAGGGGCAAGAACGACAAGAAGGGUGGCAUGGUGACCAAAGUGGUAACCGUGGUAAAGACAAAGAAGAUGCCUCACACAACCAAGAAGAAAGGGGAGCUGAUGGAGAACGACCAGGAUGCAAUGGAGUACUCCUCAGAGGAAGAGGAAGUGGAUCUGCAGACUGCUCUGACUGGCUUCCAAACAAAACAGAGGAAAGUGCUGGAACCUGUGGAUCACCAGAAGAUCCAGUAUGAGCCGUACCGCAAGAAUUUCUAUGUGGAGGUUCCAGAAUUGGCCAAAAUGACACCCGAAGAGGUGAAUGUUUUCCGUCUGGAACUGGAGGGAAUCGCCGUGAAGGGAAAGGGCUGCCCGAAGCCCAUCAAGACCUGGGUGCAGUGCGGAACCUCUAUGAAGGUCUUAAAUGCUUUAAAGAGGCAAAGCUAUGAGAAGCCCACACCCAUUCAGUGUCAGGCCAUUCCGGCCAUCAUGUCGGGUCGAGACAUGAUCGGCAUCGCCAAGACUGGCAGUGGGAAAACCAUUGCUUUCCUCCUCCCCAUGUUUCGCCACAUCAUGGAUCAGAGGCCCUUAGACGAGGCAGAGGGGCCCCUUGCUGUGAUCAUGACCCCUACACGAGAGCUGGCUCUGCAGAUCACCAAAGAGUGCAAGAAGUUCUCCAAGCCCCUGGGUCUGAAUGUGGUGUGUGUCUAUGGAGGCACAGGCAUCAGUGAGCAGAUUGCUGAGCUUAAGAGAGGAGCAGAGAUCAUCGUCUGUACUCCAGGGAGGAUGAUUGACAUGCUCGGUGCCAACAGCGGCCGAGUCACUAACUUGCGCAGGGUCACAUAUGUGGUUGUUGACGAAGCUGACAGAAUGUUCGACAUGGGCUUUGAACCACAGGUCAUGCGAAUUGUGGAUAACAUUCGACCCGAUCGGCAGACGGUCAUGUUCUCGGCCACGUUCCCCCGCGCUAUGGAAGCUCUGGCCAGGCGGAUCCUGACCAAGCCCAUCGAGGUGCAGGUGGGAGGCAGGAGCGUCGUGUGCUCAGACGUAGAGCAGCAUGUGAUUGUGAUUGAGGAAGACAAAAAAUUUCUGAAGUUGUUAGAGAUCCUGGGCCACUACCAGGAAAAGGGUUCUGUCAUCAUCUUUGUGGACAAGCAGGAGCACGCAGACGGUCUCCUCAGAGACUUGAUGAAGGCCUCUUAUCCCUGCAUGUCUCUGCAUGGAGGCAUCGAUCAGUACGACCGAGACAGCAUCAUUAAUGACUUCAAGAACGGCGCGUGUAGACUUAUGGUGGCCACGUCUGUGGCGGCCCGGGGGCUGGACGUCAAGCAGCUGAUCUUGGUCGUCAACUACAACUGCCCAAACCACUACGAGGACUACGUCCACAGAGUGGGACGCACUGGGCGGGCUGGGAACAAAGGUUACGCAUACACAUUCAUCACAGAGGAGCAAGCCCGUUACUCAGGAGAUAUCCUCAAGGCUCUGGAACUUUCCGGAUCGACUGUGCCGCCUGAGCUAGAGAGGUUGUGGGCCAGUUUCAAAGACCAACUGAAAGCCGAAGGAAAGGUCGCCAAGAGCAGCAGUGGCUUCUCUGGAAAGGGCUUCAAGUUUGACGAGACCGAGCAGGCUCUGGCCAACGAGCGCAAGAAGCUGCAGAAAGCAGCUCUGGGUCUGCAGGACUCCGACGAUGAGGACGCAGCACUGGACAUUGACGAGCAGAUCGAGAGCAUGUUCAACUCGAAGAAGCGAGUGAAGGACCUCUCUGCCCCCGGAGGAGGUGCAAGUGCCGCCGUGGCCAGCAACGCAGCAGCCGCCGCCAGCGUGAGCAGCCUGACCGGCCUUGCCAUGCCCUCGGCUGGAAACAUCCAGAAGCUGGAGAUCGCCAAGAAGCUGGCUCUGAAGAUCAACGCCCAGAAGAACCUUGGGGCAGAGGCUCAGGAUGUGAUGCAGCAGGCCACCAAUGCCAUCUUGAGAGGGGGCACCAUCAUUGCCCCGUCGGUCUCGGCGAAGACGAUCGCAGAGCAGCUGGCUGAAAAGAUCAACGCCAAACUCAACUACACCCCCGUGGAGAAGCUGGAGGAGGAGCGGCAGGCGGCCGAGCAGGCCGAGAGCAUCACGAGAUACGAAGAGGAGCUUGAGAUCAACGACUUCCCUCAGACGGCGAGGUGGAAGGUGACGUCCAAAGAGGCUCUGCAGAGGAUCGGCGAGUACUCCGAGGCAGCCAUCACCAUCCGAGGGACGUACUUCCCUCCUGGAAAGGAGCCCAAAGAAGGGGAGCGCAAGAUCUACCUGGCCAUCGAGAGUGCCAGUGAACUGGCUGUGCAGAAGGCUAAAGCAGAGAUCACUAGGCUGAUUAAAGAAGAGCUUAUUCGACUGCAAAACUCCUACCAGCCACAAAACAAAGGAAGAUACAAGGUCCUCUAGUGGCAGAGAGCCACUGGGAGAUGAUGGGAACAAUUCUGUCUCUCUUCAGCUGUGUACAUUUUUACUAGCAAGUUUCAGUUUCAGACAUUUCCUGUAUGUCUCUGGUCAUCUCUAUAUUUUAUUGAAUAUUAAAACUGAUUUAAUUUCAGUGUUUUUUUUCCUGUUCUGAAUCUUAAUCAGGGAUGUGAUUUAAAAUGCAAAUGCGUUUUUUUUAAAGAAAGCUCAACUUUAAAACCCCAUAUGACCUCACAGAACAAAUAUAACACAGGGAUGUCCAGGGGAGGUCACAGUCUUCACAAAUUAUUUGUUCCCCAAAUAUUUGGUGUUUUUAUUUCAUAUUUCCUGGAUUAUCAACAGUAAAUGUAUUUGUGACAAAUGUAAGUCAGUUUUACAUGACAUUCUUUACCACUGGCCGUAAGUAGAAAUAAAAGAUUAAACUGUG